AGCUCUGAGCCAGUAUAGCGGGGGUUCACCUCGGCUGCCGCCCGCAUGGAAGCCGGGAGCUGGGCUCCCAGAAGGCGGCCGUGCCCGCCUGGGAUCGUGUUGGUGGCCUUGGCCUCUCUGCUCAGCUGCCCGCUCACCCCCGGCCAGGCCAAGGUCUACAGUCGCUGUGAGCUGGCCAGGGUGCUCCAGGAUUUCGGCCUGGAUGGAUUCCGAGGAUACAGCCUGGCCGACUGGAUCUGUCUUGCUUACUUUGCAAGUGGCUUCAACACCGGUGCCGUGGACCACGAGGCUGACGGAAGCACCAACAAUGGUAUCUUCCAGAUCAACAGCCGGAAGUGGUGCAAAACUCUGGACUCCAGUGGCCCCAACAUGUGCCACAUGCACUGCUUCGACUUACUGGAUCCUGACCUCAAGGAUAGUGUUAUCUGUGCCAUGAAAAUAACUCAGGAUCCCCAGGGUCUGGGUUCCUGGGAGACCUGGAGGCAUCACUGCCAGGGCAUCGACCUCAGUGACUGGGUGGAUGGCUGCGAUUUGUAGGAUCCUCUCCGGAUGGACAG